UGCUCACCAGCUUCUAGUUGCAUCAGAUUAGACAGAUAAAGAGACAGAGAGACUAGAAGGCAGAAGCUAAUAGUACCUUUUGCAUCAAGUCACCACAACCCUCCUAGCUAAAAACCCAAACAAGAGCCCAAAUAUAUAACAGAACUUCAUUUUUCCUCCAAAAAAUGGAGUGCUGGUCAUCAAAGUUGUGCAACCAAGCAAAGCCAUUUCUGGCUGUGAUCUUCAUCCAGUCUGGAUAUGCUGGCAUGUCCAUCAUCUCCAAGUUUGCUCUCGACCAAGGAAUGAGCCAACACGUCCUCGUUGUCUAUCGACAUGCAAUCGCCACUGCUGUUAUUGCCCCCUUCGCACUGAUCUUUGACAGGAAGACGAGACCAAAUAUGACCAUGGGGAUCUUCUUCAAGAUUGCACUCCUUGGCUUGUUGGAGCCAACGAUCGAUCAGAACUUGUAUUAUACAGGCAUGAAGUAUACAUCAGCAACUUUUACUGCUGCUAUGGUCAAUGUUUCCCCUGCCUUGACAUUCCUCAUGGCUUGGGCCCUGAGCCUUGAGUCAGUUAACUUGAAGAAGGUGCGCAGCCAUGCGAAAAUUCUGGGGACAAUAGUGACAGUGGGAGGAGCCAUGUUGAUGACCUUGAUCAAAGGUGCGAGGGUGGAUCUUCCAUGGACUGAAGGGAUUCAUGCCGCCGCGAAUUCAGCAGCUGCUGCUCAACAUCCUGUCAAGGGUGCAGUUAUGAUAGCUGUUGGCUGCAUUUCCUGGGCAGCUUUUGUCAUCCUUCAGGCAAUCACUUCGAAAUCAUACCCAGCUCAGCUCUCAUUAACAGCUUUGAUCUGCUUGAUGGGAACAAUCGAGGGAUCGGUUUUGGCCAUUGGGAUGGAAUGGGGGAACCCUUCUGCUUGGGCCAUUGGUCUGGAUUCCAAGUUGCUAGCUGCUGUCUAUAGUGGAGUGAUAUGUUCAGGAAUGUCAUACUACAUACAGGGAGUGGUGUUGAAGACCAAGGGGCCGGUUUUCGUGACCGCGUUUAGCCCUCUUUGCAUGGUGCUAGUCGCAAUCAUGGGUUCCAUUUUCUUAUCCGAGGUUCUGUACAUGGGAAGGAUCCUGGGAGCGAUCGUUAUAGUGAUAGGAUUGUACAUGGUGCUGUGGGGGAAGAGCAAAGACCAACAACCAGGCAGUGGGAGUGAUAAGGUGGCUGAUUUGCCAACUGCUAGUACAGUUGCUGCUGCUUCAUCAGCCAACGAUGAGAAGACCGAAGAUGAUGAAAACUUUGUCUCCCUCGAGGUUUCGAGAACUUGAAGAAGAUGAAGAGCAGAGUAAGAGAGAAAUCAAGUGCCUCUCUCUCUUGCUCUCUUCUCUGACUCUGUACCAUUUGCUGCUGAUGUUUUGUUAGUGAGAAAGCAAAAGUUUACUACUUCAUGUAUGGAAGUCCUAACCCAAGAACAUAGUGAUGAUUAUUAAUAAUGGAAUACAUAUUAGUACCAUAAUUGCAAUAUAAAGAGAGCACUAAUGAAACCUUUGAUGGUGC